AUGCCAUUUUCUGCUGGGCUUGAUGACGAGAGAAGGAGGAUUGACAAGGUGCUGCGCAAUGACAAGCUUAGAGAUAUGAUUGUCGUUCUGCUCGGCGACAACCUGAAAGAGGAGAUGCAGAAGAUCGUUGUGGGGUCGGCGGCGGCGGCGGCGGUGGUGGUGGUGGUGUUGCUCCCGCCGUUCCUCGAUGAUAUACCAAGUCGAUUUUUCAAGUUGUCGGCAUGCCCAUUAGAGGCCACUUUGAUCAAACGGAAUAAUUCGUCCCUGAUUCCCUAUUUGAAGUACCGCUACCACAGACUAUAUGAUUAA